AUGCCUGGUCUACGCUUUGCAUUUGUAUAUUUAUUUUUGACAAGUGAGAAGAAAGAUAAAAAGAAUGAAAAACCAGAAGUAUCGUUAGAUAAUUCAACAUGUGUUUAUAUUUUUCCAAAUGGAGAUCGUUAUGAGGGUGAAUGUACGCAGACAGAUUUGGGUUCCAUUGAAAGAAGCGGACAAGGAACACAUAUAAGCUCAUCUGGUAUUAUAUAUCAAGGUUCUUGGAAGAAUGACUGUAUGAAUGGAAAAGGAAAACUCACCCACCCAUCUAAUGCAUCGUAUGAAGGAGAAUUUGUAAACAACCAAUUUCAUGGUUUUGGAAAAUAUACUUGGUCAAAUGGGUCAUACUAUGAGGGAAAUUUUGUGGAAAAUAUGUUGUAA